GCUCUUCAGCAGGUGGAAGCAGUAAGAGGUGAAGGGAGGAAGGUCAUACCUGUUGUUGCUGCCAUAGAAGAGGGGAGGAUCAGUGAGAGCAUGGGUUAAAGAUCCUUGAGGUCGAGCUCGUCACUGGGGGCUUUAAAGUCCAUCAGGGCAGAAUCAGCAUGGAGACAGCAGUGCAAGAAAGGCUCCUUCCCCCCCAGCUUUGUUCCAAGCUCCUGUCUCACCUGGAGGGAAGCAAGGAUUUGAUUGACCCCAAUACUGCUGAGAAGAUCAGCCUGCCUGAGCUCCUGCACCGCUGCAUCUUCCACCAAGAGACUGGUCUGAGGCUUCUCCCUGUCAAGCAGCUGGCAGGUGGGAUGGUGAGCCUGAAAUCAGGCAGAGAAGUCAGCAUCUUCCGGGCUGUCCAGGAAGGGCUGAUAGACAGGCAGGUGAUGGUCAGGCUUCUGGAAGCCCAACUCUUUGCUGGUGGCAUUGUUGACCCCAGGACGGGGCACAGGCUGACGGUGGAUGAGGCCAUGAGGCAUAAUCUGAUUGACCAGGAUUUGGCAUUCACACUUCUUAUCCGUCAGCUUCAGACUGGUGGCAUCAUUGAUACCAUCACAGGAGAGAGAGUGACCAUUGAUGAAGCUGUAAGGAAAGAGUUGGUAGCACCAAGGAUUGCGUUGGUGGUCCUGGAAUCCCUGUGGUCCUUCAUGGGGCUCCUGUGGCCAGAGACGGGGGAGAUCAUGCCAGUUGCAGAUGCUUUGGAGCAAGGAAUCCUGUCUACAGAGUUGGUUUACAAGAUCCUCACCCAGAGGAAGCUCAUUAAGGGUGUCUUUAUACCAGAAACCACUGAGGUGUUGUCCUGGAAGAAAGCAGUUGAACAGGGCAUCUUAGAGAGGGAUGUGGCAAAGAAGCUGCAAUCAGCUCUCAUACCUGAUGUCAUGGGCAGAAGCAGACAUGGCCAGAGCUCUUCUGGAGGGAGUCCCCCAGGUCCCAAAGAGCAAAGUGACCCUCAGCUAAGGAGCAAUGAUGAAAGGCUGAUGUUCCACUUGAUGACCCACAGCUACAUCAACAUUCACGAUGGCCAAAAGCUGCUCUUAGUGGAUGGAGAGUUGAACAAUCUCACUAAAGCCCUCAUCCAAACCCAAGAAAAUGGGUCCUGGGCACACAUGAUGGAAGACAGUGAAGGCUUUGAGGAGACAAAGGCAACUGCAGCUCUUGGAAGUGAGCCUUGCAAUGGUCUGGCUCCACAGCAUCUUGAGUUUCAGUUUACUCCUUCAAAAGAACAAAGUGAAAAGGUCCUGCCACCCAAAACUGCUUUGGAGAAUGGGGAGGUGGUGAUGGGACCUGAAAGCCUCCUGUUAGAGGAUGCAGAAGAUAUCCUGGUUGUGAAAGAGCAAGAGCAGGUUCACACUGUCCAGGCUGCCAUCAAGAAGGAACCUGCUGCUGAAUUUGAGAGAGAGGAGGAAGCAGCUUCUACAGGUGAGGACAAAGAGCAGGUGAAAUUAUUGAUGCCAGGACAUCCCAGUGACCUUGGUAGCGGAAUCAGAGAAACAGAGGAAAUGAGGUUCAAGGCAGAGUCCAUGACUACUACAGUAGAUGGAGUGGAAAGUAUAGAAGAUGAGAAGAGAGCAUCAGAAAGUGGAGCAGUUGUUGUGAAAAGUGAAAUCUGUGUAUCAGUGGGUGUUUCAGAAAGCAGAGGCAGACUGGAAGUCAUAGAAGAGAGAUCUCAGGGCAGGGAGGAACCUGAAGUAGGGGCAGAAGAAGCUGGAGAGGUUUAUUUGCUGAAAAAGGAACGAAUAGAGAAUGGCAUGCUGGGAGGAGAGGAGAUGGAGCUCCUAAAACCUGAAGAGGCAGAGGAAGCAGAGAGGCAGAGUGAAAGCAUAGAAAGUGCAUUGGAAGUGGAAGAAAGAGAGGGGAAGAAGUAUCAGGUGCUGAGUGUGUUGAUGGAGCAUCUGUGCCAGCCCCUGCAGAGCAGGAAGCAGAGGACACUUUGGAAAUGCUCUUAACACAGCUCCUAACUGGUGGCAUAAUCCACGAGCAGACAGGUGAGACUCUUCUUCUCAAUGAAGCAGUAGCCCGUGGAGUGGUGCCUGGUCACACUGC